UACUUGGGUAAUACUGUUAACAUUUCUUUUCCUUCUUUUCUUCCUCGGCAUAACGUUCACCUUUGCUUCGCUAAUGUAAUUCAACUGGAGCCGUAACAGCUAUGGCUAUUCCUUCACUCCUCCAAAGCUCGAAAACCUCAAUCCAAAGGUCCAGACUUUUCUUGUUUUUAUGCCAAAUUUCCACCAAUUCCUCUUCGUUCUUUUUCUCCACCAAAUGCAGAGCAGGACUAUUCAAAAUCUAUCAAGUGCCCUCUCAAGCUCCUCCUGUCCCCAAGAAAAUCCCCUUCAACGUCUCUGCUCAUGGAACUACUCUGGAAGACCCCUACCAUUGGAUGCGCGACACUAGCGACGCUGAUUUCGUGGACUUCCUCAACCUAGAAAACUCCUACGCUCAAGCUUUUAUGGCCGACACUCAAGACCUGCAACGCACUCUGUUUGCAGAGAUGGUUAGCCGAAUGCCCGCCAAGAUUUCCACUCCGCCCGAGCGUUGGGGACCCUGGUUGUACUACCAGUACAUUCCAGAGGGUAAGGAAUACCCAGUACUGUGUAGGAGGUUAGAGACUGGUAAAAGUGGUUUGUUGAAGAUUCUUAUCAAUUAUGCAAGAGAGGGAUUUGAGAGAGAGGAAGUUUUGCUUGACUGGAACAAAAUUGCAGAACAAUAUGGUUACGUGCAUGUUGGGACAUGUCGAGUUUCACCAGACCACAACUUUCUUGCAUACACACUUGAUGUCUCUGGGAGUGAACAGUUUAUGCUUCAAAUCAAGGACCUCAGAAAUGGAUGUAUUGUUCCGGGACUACAAGUUGAUGGGGUUGUUAGUUUGGCAUGGGCUCAAGAUGGGAAUACUCUUUUCUAUACAAUAUCUGACGAGAACCAACGACCUCACAGGGUUCUCUGCACAAGACUUGGACAGGAUGUUGCAUUUCAAGUCCCUGUGUUUGUGGAAGAUGAUUCCAGGUUUUGCGUGGACAUAACAAACACAAAAGAUGGAAAGUUUAUAACUGUGAACUCGAACUCAAGGACAUCAUCUGAGGUCUAUGUAAUAGAUGCAACCAACCCACAAGAUGGUCUGCGAAGAAUACGAAAGCGUGUCUCCGGUGUUCAGUAUUUUUUGGAGCAUCACCAUGGUUUGUUCUAUAUUCUAACAAAUGCUCCCUUAAAUGGAAAUAAGGAGUGGUCUGGUGGAAAUUACUAUUUGGCUAGAUGUCAAGUUGAAGAUAUACAGUCAGCUUCUUGGCAGACCAUGAUUUUUCCAAGUGAAGAUGAAAGCCUGCAAGAUAUGGAUAUUUUUAAUAGGCAUCUGGUGCUUUUCAUCAAUAAGAAAGGGGUAUCUAUGCCAUGUUCCAUCAAUUUGCCUAUCGAUGUUCAAGGCGAGCAUCAGAUGGGUAUUCAGGAUCUUAAUCCAUGGUUUUUUCCUCUGCCCUCAAAUUCAUGCAGCAUCACUCCCGGAUCAAACCAUGACUUUAUGAACUCAUUGUUUCGUGUGGUGCUGACUUCUCCAGUGAUGCCUGAUGUUGUUGUCGACUAUGAUAUGUCAAAGCAGACAUUCUCAGUUGUGCACCAAGAGGAAGUCAGGAAUAUUACUGGUAGCACUGGAUCUUGCUUACCUGCGUUUGAACCAGAUUCUUGUGAACAUCUUAAUCCACAAAACCGUGACAGAAAAAUUCAAAACGCUCAGUGGAAAAAGUGGAAAGAAUUCUCUGAUGCAUACUGUUGUCAAAGGAAGGAGGUUCUUGCCCAUGAUGGUGCCAAGGUUCCUCUGACUAUCGUGUUCUCUCGAGAAGCCCGGCAGCUGGGCCAGUCUCCUGGACUAUUACUGGGCUAUGGAGCUUAUGGAGAAGUCCUAGAUAAAAGUUGGUCUGGAGACCGUUUAAGCUUACUUGAUCGUGGCUGGGUGGUGGCAUUUGCUGAUGUGAGGGGUGGUGGUGGGUGUGAUUCUUCCUGGCAUAAGUCUGGCUGUGGGUUGAACAAACUAAAUUCCAUACAUGAUUUUGCAUCAUGUGGCAAUUAUUUAGUAAACGAGGGAUAUGUACACAGAGAUAAACUGGGGGCCAUGGCAUAUAGUGCUGGUUGUCUACUUGUUGGGACAGCUGUCAACAUGUACCCAGAGCUUUUUCGUGCUGCCAUUUUAAAGGUUCCAUUCCUUGAUAUUUGCAACACACUUUUGGAUCCCAGUUUGCCUCUAACCAUACUUGACUACGAAGAAUUUGGGAAUCCCCAGAUACAGUCUCAGUUUGAGUCUAUUCUAAGUUAUUCUCCUUACAAUAACAUUAUUUACGACCAUUGUUGUCCUGCAAUGCUCGUUUCAUCAUCAUUCCACGAUUCAAGGGUCGGAAUUUGGGAAGCAGCUAAAUGGGUGGCAAGAAUACGAGAUUCCGCUUGUCCUGAUUGUUCUCGCUCAGUUAUUUUAAAGACAAACAUGACUGGAGGACAUUUUGAUGAAGGUGGACGCUAUAGUCAGUGUGAGGUGACGGCUUAUGAUUACGCGUUUCUGAUGAAAGUUAUGGGGACUUUAACAGAUGAAGUUUAAUACCAUUGGAACAUGGCCAGGCUGUUAUAUAUCGGCAAACAAAAUUACUGAAAGACAUUCUCAUGAAUGUGGCUGUUAAUCAUCUAAGGGCAGCUGCCAGCUGCUGCUAGUGCUUUCCUGAUGAAAGUAAUGGGAGCUUCCAGGCAGUAACAACUUUAUGAAAUGCUGUGAAAAGGAUGUUCCAUAGCAGCAUCAGAACAUCAUAACAAAAUUGUUAAUGCAGCUUAUUUCCAGCAAAUCCUUUGGUGAAACGGGUUCAAGAAUCUUUCUUGGGAUAUGAAGACUGAUAUUUGGAGCCCUAAAGGCUUGGUUGGACGAGUAUGAGGUUUCCUGAGCAGUGUUAAUGCCUAUCCAAGACAUGAAAGUUUCUCUUCUUGCAAUGAGAGAGCAAGUACCAAUUAGGGUGAGACGUGCGUAUGUGCUGUAGAUUUUUGUUGAAGUUCUUUUGCUCUUAUUUUUGGUUGUAACCUAAUUGAAACGGUGAUCAAAGUUAUUUUUGAGCAGAAGUUCAUUCUUUUGUGGCCUAAAA